AUGGUAGCCUUUGGACCCGCCAAGCCCGCGAUGACGCAACGGCUCCGCGUGGCGAUCCUCACGUCGAUGUUCCGCCAGGAGGUCGGCUUCCAUGACAAUCCGGAGAACACCCCAGGCAUGUUGUCCAAAGCCUUGGAGCUCUGGGCCUUCCGCGUGGCCACACUUUGCAAAUCCAUCCAAGCCAAGGCCGCGGCCUUGAGUUCUUUGCUGGUGGGACUGACCUUGGCCUUCGCCUACUGCUGGCAGAUGGCUUUGGUGAUGCUUGGCUCCAUUCCCAUCAUGAUCUUGGCCAACGCCAUUCAGAUGAUUGUGCUCUUGGGAGCCUCCAAGAACGACAAUGAGAACCUCACGAACGCGCAGCAGAUCGUCACGGACAGUUUGAUGAAUGCCCGGACGGUGCAAGCGUUGGGCGUGGAGAAGGGCUUGGUGGAGAUGUACAUGACGUGGGUGGAGAAGUCCAUGUCCGGCAUGUGCAAGCGCAACGUCCUCGCAGGCAUUGGCUUCGGAAUCGCCUCCGGGGUGAUGUUCUUCAUCAUGGCGGGUGGCUUCUACGUCGCCUCCCUCCUCAUCAAGGACGAAGCGGAGGGGUCGUGGGCCGAAAACACACAUCGCCAGGAAGGAAUUGCGGACUUCAAGGGCGUGAUGAUGGCCUUUAUGGGUAUUUUCUAUGCCGGCAUGGGUGCUGGACAGGCCGCUGUGAUGAUGGGAGAUGCCACCAAGGCCAAGGUGGCGUGCCAUGACAUGUUCAAGUUGAUGGACCGCCAGUCGCAGAUCGAGGGCCUGGAUCCCAAGGGCGAUUCUCCGGAGAAGUUGGACGCUGGGAUCAUUGAGUUCAAGGAGGUGAAGUUCUUCUACCCCUUCCGUCCGGAGAUUCAGGUGCUCAAGGGCAUCAACUUCAGGAUCACCACGGGUCAAUCAGUCGGCUUGGUCGGACCCUCCGGCGGUGGCAAGAGCACGGUGAUGUCGCUGCUCCAGCGCUUCUAUGAUCCUCAGGAGGGCAGUGUCCUCAUCGGCGCCGAGAAGCUGCCGCUGCAUUCCUUGAACAUCCGCUGGUGGCGCAAGCAGAUCGGUUUCGUGGGCCAAGAGCCGAUCCUCUUCAACGCCAACGUGCGCACGAACUUGAUGUACGGCGUGGAUGAGAGCGACCAGGUGACCGAGGAGUACCUGCGACAGUGCGAGAAGAUGUGCAACCUAGGCUUCCUCUACAAGAACGGCAACCAGGGCUUAGAGACCGAAGUGGGUCCCCGUGGAUCACGGCUCAGCGGUGGGCAGAAGCAGCGCGUGGCCAUCUGCCGAGCGGUGCUGCGUAAUCCAAAGGUCAUGUUGCUCGACGAGGCCACCAGCGCUUUGGACACCCAGAGCGAGACCAUUGUGCAGAAGGCCUUGGAGGCGGCGCUCAAGGGCCGCACCAGCUUCGCCAUCGCCCAUCGCCUGUCGACCAUCCAAGGCUGCGACGUGAUCCUGGUGAACGCGGACGGCCGGGUGGUGGAGAGCGGGAACCACUCGGAGCUGAUGGCUCUGAAAGGCCUGGAUGCGGAGGACGCGGUUUGCUGGCGGAGGGACGCAGUUCAAGGCGUUCAAAAAGGAAACACAAUAAGAAAGCAAGCAAAGAAAACCAUCAAACAGACUCAAAAGGUCUCCCCGUUUGUAGAGGAGUAA